AUGGAUAACUUAAAUGUUGGGAUUGUCGGGCUCGGUUGGGUCGCUGGCGCUCAUAUCGAAGCCUUUAAAACCGUUACAGGUUCGGAUGUCACUGCUAUCUGCUCACGGCGCGAACACGAUGAAUCUGUAUUGGCGGAAACAUACGGAACACCUCUCAAAGCCUAUACCGAUUUUGAUAAAAUGCUUGCCGACCCAGACGUACAUAUUAUUGAUAUUUGUACACCACACCCUUUUCACGCGGAACAAGCCAUCGCCGCUGCAGAAGCCGGAAAACACCUCAUUAUUGAGAAACCGAUCUGCCUCACGUACGAAGAUGCGAAAACCGUUCGCGAUGCCGUCAAAAGCAAUGGUGUCAACGUCUGUGUCUGCUUUGAGUGCAGAUAUAGUGCGCAUUUUACGAUGAUCCGCUCCGUAAUUGACAAUGGACUGCUCGGCGAACUCCACUACGCCGAAGUCGAUUAUUACCACGGUAUCGGACCUUGGUAUGGGCAAUACGAAUGGAAUAUCAAAAAAGACUUUGGCGGCAGCACACUACUCACGGCUGGAUGUCAUGCCCUUGAUGCACUCCUCUUUUUUAUGGAUGGAAACGUUGAAGAGGUAACCGGUUAUCACACACAAUCCACGGGUGCUAAUUUUCAACCUUAUGAAUAUAAGACGACAAGUGUGAGUCUCAUUAAGUUUGAAGGUGGUGGAAAGAUUGGGAAAGUUACCUCCUGCGUUGAUUGCUUGCAGCCCUACUAUUUCCACAUCCACCUCGUAGGAAGUGAAGGCAGCCUACUUGACAACCGCAUCUACCCGCGAAACUUAAAGGGAUGGAUAAAAGUAAGUGGAGCACACUUGAGACUUCGCUUAUUGAUUCUGGCGAUGUCAGUGAUCAUCCAUACGAACCACAGUUCCAAGCUUUCAUAG